GGGGGGCAGUGCUUUCGGCCUGGGUGCAGCAACGCCGCGCGCGCUGCAGACAUUCCCUGGUGGCAAAACUUCGCCGGGCUGGUGCGGCUGGGAGCUGGACGCGCCUAGCGAAGCCGGGCACUUUUGAGACGCUCCCCGGAGCGGGAAGUGGGGCUGCCAUUCAGCGGGGGCCGCCGGGCGGUUCACGCUCGCGCGCUGGAGGGGGGCGGAGGCGGCGGCGGGGAUUCGCAGGCAGAGGAGGGGGGUGCGUGGCCGGGGGGGGGGGGGCGCGGGGCGGAACAGCAGGCGUAGGAAGGGGUGUGUGCAGGGGAGACUCGGUGCAAGCGGAGUUCGCUCUCGCCGGCAGCCGGACCCCCCAGCCUCCAGCCCGCCGCCUCUGCCCAGGUGCUGGUCCAGGGGCGCCGCUCCCUCCGGGGAAGCAGGGCCUGAAGGCUCCAGUUGGGACCCUGUUGGGUUAGCCGCUGCUCAGGUACAUUCAAAGACGAGGUCCCCGAUCCAAAGAGCUGACAGUCAAGACAAGAGACACCAAGACUUGGGUCAGGCUUUAGCAGAAGAGACCACUUGGUAGACUCUUUCCCAUUGAAGAAUCAAGCAGGAAUAGCUUUUGGGUUGGGUGUGUGGGAGAGAGGACUCGAAUACACCAAAUGGAUAUAACUGGUUCAGCAAUGCCUCUAUCAGCCUGGUUCAGCCUGCUGCUUCUCUGUCUUUGUAUUGGUAUUACCAGGACCUGCUCCCCAGGAUGUCACUGUGAAGUGGAGAGUUUUGGUCUCUUUGACAGCUUUAGCCUGACCAAGGUGGAUUGCAGUGGAAUAGGGUCACACAUUGUUCCUGUCCCUAUCCCGCUGGAUACUUCCUAUUUGGAUCUGUCCUCAAACAAACUGGAAACCAUCAACGAGUCAGUGCUGACCGGCCCUGGUUAUACCACCUUGGUGAGCCUUGACCUGAGCUAUAAUAAAAUUGCUAAGAUCUCUUCCACGACCUUCUCUAGGCUCAGGUAUCUGGAAUCCUUGGAUCUGAGUCAUAAUUCUUUGGCAGUCCUUCCAGAUGAAUGCUUCCCCAGUUCACCCCUGGGGGACAUAGAUUUGAGCAACAACAACCUCCUGGAUAUAACGUUAGAUGUCUUUGCUUCCAAAGGUCAAGGGAAACCCAUUAACGUGGAUCUGUCCAACAACAUGAUAAGCGCAGUCACAAGACACAAUGACAAAAACAUCCCCAACAUCCAGAGCUUAAAUCUGGCUGGAAACAGACUGAAGACUGUGCCCAACCUCCAAGGGAUUCCCCUGCGAUACUUAAAUCUCGAUGGGAACCCUCUGGCCAAGAUUGAGAAAGGAGCUUUUGUGGGACUGAAGGAUUUAAUUCAUUUAUCUCUCAGCAGCUUACAUGGCUUUAGAGAGAUCUCUCCUUACAGCUUCAAAGAACUACCCAACCUCCAGGUACUCGAUUUAUCCAGCAACCCCAACCUUAAGUUGUUGAGUGCCGAAGUAGUCUUUGGUCUAAGCUCCUUGCAAGAGCUCAACCUGUCCAGUACAAGUGUUUCCUUCUUGCCAAAGACUGUGCUGAAAUACUUACCUACCAUCAAAAGCAUUACCUUGGGGAAGAAUGUACAGUGUCUUAAGGUGAUCAAGGAAGGACAGUAUCACCAACAAAUUGGGCUGACCAAAAAAGAGGUCCUCAGUUGUCAUGACAGCCAUGGGUCCGUAGCAGCAGCACCCUAUGUCUUGUGAUGGAAGUUGAGGGGAAAGGGCUGAGGGAGACUGUACAGCUAUCUGGACUGAAAUGACCUGCCGCGUGCCUUUCGUUAAUAAUUUAUACGUUUGUAUAUGCCAAUACUUGACGGUGUGUGUCUUUACAUUCCGUAUUGCUGCCCACUGUUUUCUGCCUCUUGAUUCCUGCAAGCAUUUGCAAGUGAUAGGUGCGACAUGGCUGCCCCAAACGGUGUUCGCUGUGAAUGGGGAGCAAGUGGGGUCGCUGUCUUGAAUUUCUGAGGAAGGACAGAAUAUCUGGGGAGAAAAUGCAUUCAGCCCAGGCUUAUUUGCAGGAGCAAAGCGAGCCCUGUCUACGGCAUGCACCAAAAUGUGUUAAUUCCGCAGUCAUUUGCUUACAAAUCCAUGCUUUAUCUAUUUUGUUUUUCCCAAGAAGUGCCUUCCAGAUGUUGCCUUCAUUAGCAGUGCCCUGCUCAUUGUUAUGCACUUUCAGUCUGAAGAAACCGUACUGAGCAAACCUGAGUACAGGGUGUUUCUAAUGCUUGGCUGCUGUUUGCAUAAAAGUGCAAUGAACACUUGGUACCUGGGGACCACCC